AUGACAAAGAAGAGGGUCACAAGGACAGUCAUCGCGGGCGCAGUGGGGGAUAUGGGGGAUAUUGGGUCCGGAGGGCCUCAAGCAAAGGAAGAGGAAUUUCAAGAGAAAUCUGAAGACGAUGUGGAAGAGAAUGUGAAAGAGGACGACGAACAAGACUUCCUGGACAAGGUCAGAGCCUGGGCACCUAACUCUGCCGACCCGGCGUUCGCCUUAGACCCGGCCCCUUGUCAACCUCCAACUUCCCGACCGCCAUCGACAUCUGGCUCAAACACGUUCAACGACAGUGACGAGGAUGACGAGGAAUCCUGGCCGGACUACGUAGAUACCAAAAGCCUGCCCCCCUCCAUUACCAUCAAAGCCGUCUUGUCGUCCACUAUGGACCAGCUCAUCGACGACGCUCUCAAGGAUCAAGGUCUCCUCUCUGGAUGA